AUGUGUGAAGGUAACGGAUCUGAGGUCACAGAAUUCUUCAUUCUUGGGUUUAAGAACUUGGAGAACUUCAAGAUUUCCCUUUUCAUUCUCUUUCUUGUGAUUUAUCUUGCGAUUCUCCUUGGAAAUGUCUUUAUUAUCACACUGGUGUCCACAUCCCACCACCUCAAUGUGCCCAUGUACCUGUUCCUCCGAAAUCUCUCUGCGGCGGACAUCUUGUUCACCACCAAUAUUAUGCCUAAUAUGUUGUAUGUGAUAGUGAGGGGAGGAGGGGACAUCUCCAUCCCAGGAUGUUUCAUCCAGUAUUAUGUGUUCUGCAGCUCAACCUACACUCAGUCCCUGAUCCUGAUGGUCAUGUCCUUUGACCGCUAUAUGGCCAUCUGUCAUCCUUUGCGCUAUGGGGCUCUCAUGAACCCCAAGCUUUGUCAGCACCUGGUCGUCUGCCCAUGGGCCGUCUGCUUUGUCCUCUUCCCCAUUGAAGUUGUAUCUUUAUUCCUAUUAACAUUUUGCGGCUCCAACAUCAUUGAACAUUUCUUCUGUGACUUUGCCCCAAUCUUGGCCAUUGCCUCCUCAGACACCUCCAUUGUAGAGACAGAAGACUUCAUAUUCUCCAUCCCCCUCAUGUUCAUGCCCUUUGUGGUGGUCACCGUCUCCUAUUUCUGCAUUGUUAUCUCCAUCCUAAGGAUCACAUCCAUUACAGGACGGUGGAAGGCGUUCUCCACCUGCAGCGCACAUCUCACCACCAUCUUCAUCUUCUACGGGACUCAAAUAACAAUCUAUAUUUUCCCAGUUGGGGACAACACAUUCUAUGGGAAAACAGUGAAGUCUUUGUUGUACACGGUGCUGACACCUUUCAUUAACCCUAUCAUAUACAGUAUGAGGAACCAUGAGAUCAAGAGAGCUCUGCAGCAACUCAUAUAUAAAAAGAGGAACAUCACUAUACAUCCCAUGUUCCGCUAA